AGUCGCUCGCGCCACGAGAGUUACAGUAUGGCCGAGCAAGCGGUGACAGGAGCGAACAGCGGGGUUCUCCAGAGAAUGAUGUCUGUUGUUGGUGCCCACAGUCUGGUCAGCAGCGUGUGGGGCUACGUGGACACCACAAUAAAGUGGUGCUGGAUCCCCAGCUGGCUGCCGUCAUGGUGUCCCACCUCUCAGAUCCAGCUGCAGACUGCAGAGGACAUGAUGCUGCGAUGUGUAGAAAGCCCUUUCUCCAAACAGCACGUCCCCGUCUCCAAUGGCAGCCUGCUGUGGACCCUGACCAUCAGCGACGAACGCGUCAAAGACAAAACCCCCAUGGUACUGCUCCAUGGGUUCGGAGGUGGCGUGGGCCUUUGGGCUCAGAACCUGGACGCGCUCUCCCAGCGUCGGCCCGUCUUCGCCGUGGACCUGCUGGGCUUCGGACAGAGCAGCAGGCCCCUGUUCUCUGUGGACGCCCACGAGGCAGAGGACCAGUUUGUGGAGUCUAUAGAGCAAUGGAGGGCCAAAGUGGGUCUUGAGUCCAUGAUACUGCUGGGACACAACCUGGGAGGAUUCCUGGCUGUGUCGUACUCUAUCAAAUACCCUGGCAGAGUAAAGCACAUCGUGCUGGUGGAGCCCUGGGGUUUCCCUGAGACCCCGGACACAGUGGAGGCAGACCGUCCCAUCCCGGUGUGGAUCAAAGCCCUCGGAGCCAUGUUCAGUCCCUUCAACCCACUGGCUGGCCUGAGACUGGUUGGACCACUCGGGCCCUCUCUGGUCCAGACUCUGAGGCCCGACUUCAAGAGGAAGUUCUCCUCCAUGUUUGCUGACAACACGGUGGCAGAGUACAUCUACCACCUGAACGUGCAAACCCCCAGUGGGGAAACAGCCUUUAAGAAUAUGACCGUAAACUACGGCUGGGCUGUGAGGCCGAUGCUGCAACGGAUGGACCAGCUUCAGCCCAAGAUCCCCAUCACCAUCAUCUACGGAUCCCGAUCCAGCAUAGACAGCAACUCGGGAAGAACCAUCAAAGACAUGAGGCCACACUCUCGUGUGGAGAACACAACGAUCCGUGGAGCCGGACACUACGUGUACGCCGACCAGCCGGAGGACUUCAACCACAGAGUCUUGGAAGCGUGUGACGAAGUGGACUGAAGCGGAGACGAGCCUUGGACACUGAACUCUGGAGACCAAUAACAGACUUAACUUCAGCAGGAAGCAGGACACGCAGGAUUCCACUUCCUUAAAGCACGAAUAUUUUUACAUCAUGUGAAAACAAGUGUGAAUAGACACCGUUUGUUCUGCAUGUUUUUGUGAGAAAACACAAUGAGACUCAAUAUUUUAGGACAAGCCUUUCUAAUAUGAUAUAAUGAUAUUAUAUUUAGUCACAUCUUAAAUGAUAUCGAACUGAAACCGAAUCAAUGUCAUUCAAAAAAGCUCAGUUACAGUGUCGGGUGUUAGGUGUUUCCUGUAUAGAGCUCAACCUGCGGCUUGUGGUCUCUCCAUACGAGUCUGACGCAGACAGGAAGAGCCCCCUUCAGUACAUGACUGCAUCAGCACCAUGAAGCAGCUAUAGAUUUAUCUGCAGCAAACAAUAUUCUCUUUUAUAGCGGAUGUCCUCUGUGCUUGAUUUUUGGCUUUUUUUUAUUCCACUACAAAAUGUAAUUUUGAUUGCAUUAGUUAUGAAUGUGAACCUGGAUGGUUGUUUUUAAACCUACGAGACUGUUUUACACUCUACUGCUGUCUACAAAAAACAUUUUGAACACAUGAUCUUAAUAUGCGAUGUACAGAUUAAGCCUGGAAAUAAUCAUUUGAUGAAUUUUAGAGAAAUGCCAGUUAAAGUUGCUUCUUAAUGCUAAACUCAACUGGAGCCUUAUAUAUAUGAUGCCUCAAUGCCUAAUAUCUACCUACACUGCAGCCUUAAACUGCAUUUUCUCUACUGUCCAGCACGGGGCGACUCCUCUGGCAGUGUUAUCGUAUAGAAGUCUAUGAGAAAAUGACUCUACUUCUCUCUUGAUUUAUUA